AGCCGCUGCUGUCGAUACGUCCUGGAAAUCAACUUCAACCUGAUGGGGUGGUCGUGGGUGAUCGCCCCCACCGUCUACCAGACAUUUUAUUGCGCCGGCGACUGCCCCGAGAUGAACAUUUACGCCUUCUCUGGUUCCAGGGACAACCGCAUGUACUCGUUCGUUCGCCGCAAUGAGGACGCCAGCUGCUGCAGCGCCACCAAGCACAGCGACCUCUCCAUCCUUUACCAGAACGAGAAGGGCGAUAUCUUGCACGAGGUCGUUCCUAACAUGGUCCUCGAGCAGUGCGGUUGCUCC